GAAGCGACGGCUUCAACUUCCAGGCCUGCCGGGUGCGAACGGCCACUGCGCAGGCGUGUUGGGUCUUUUCCCUCCAGUGGACGAGGCGGGAGAUCCGAUCCAGUCGCCGAGGGGGAAUCGCUCCGGCAUGGAGAUCAGCCACUCGGUCAAGGAGCGCACCAUCUCCGAGAACAGCCUGGUGAUCCUGCUGCAGGGACUCCAUGGGCGCGUCACCACCGUCGAGCUCCGGGACGAGAGCGUGGCCGUGGGCAACAUCACCAACGUGGAUGCCUUCAUGAACAUUCGCCUGGCCAAGGCCACGUACACAGACCGCGCAGGCCACUCCUCGUGGCUGGCAGAGCUCUUUGUGACGGGGAGGAACGUUCGCUACGUCCACAUCCCUGACGACGUGGACAUCACGGCCACUAUCAAGACGCAGCUGCAGCUGAUUCACAGAGUCCGCACUUUUGGCGGCCGGGACAAGGGAAGGAAGGAGUUUCUCAAGCAGAGGGACAAAUGAACCUGCCAGUACCCUGACCUCUGCCGGACACGUCCUUGUCCUCUCUUGAGAUCCCUCUUUUGGCUUCAGGUUUCAAGGAGUCUUUGGAGAGAGGGUCUGUGUUCUUUCUGGGUGCCUCACUUGGCUCCAAUUCACCGGUUGGUUGUUUGCAGAGAGAGGAAUGGGCUUGGUAAGAUCUUUUGCUCUGUGACCAUAAUGCUUACAGUCAUGGGUCAGGAUACCCAAAGCCCCCGGCUGCAGUCUUGGAGGCAGUCCUUCUGUCUUCUCAUCCGCCUCCCACUUUGACCAAACCAGCCCUUCCCUCUUCUCCUCCACUGCUCUUUCGUAGAAUAAACACAACUGUUAAGAUUG